UGACUGUUUAUGAGACUUAACCUUUUACCAUAUCGCUCGCGAGGGUCCCCCGGUCGCCUCGCGUGGGGAUAACCCCAACUCGGUCCUUUCUUCUCCUCUCUGUGACUUUCCUUCAUUCCACCACCAUUCUCUAGCUCGCUCGCUCUUCUCUAACACAAGCUCGCAGCGCAUUUAGUGUCUAAUGCAUAUCGCGUUGGGGUUACGGUCUUUCCGCUUGCCGGUGCUUGCACAUGUGUGGAAGGUCUCGACUGCAAACAGAGACACUUCCUCGGAACAUUGGAAGACACGGCGAGACCCUCCGGACAAACAAUGUGCGGAUUCGAGGUGAAUAUUCAUUGCAUUUUCGGUGUUAUGCUCACUGUCGACGAAGACAAUGGCGGGAAUACAGAUAAUGACGACGACCUCGCGCGUAUCGGUGCGAACGAAGCCCACGGCGCCCAGCUGGUCGUCCUUAUCACGUGCUCGCAUUGCUCUGUUGGAGGUUGUUUGCACAGUGUGGCCCGUGCGCGAGGGCCCGAGAAAUAGCGUGGCUAUUCCAGACUCCGCCGAAUCUGUUCGGCCGCGUCCGCUUCUUCCCCCAUCAUCCAACUCGAUCGCCUCCUCAUCGUCAGCCCCAGCGAGCGCGCCCCUUUCCUCGCUGCCCCCGACGUUGUACUUGCCGUCGACAAUCACAUACUCCCACGUAGUCCCGUCCCUCGUUGUUUGUCCCCUCAACCGCUUCCCACGCAGGCCUGCAUCUCCGGCAAAGCGUUCAAUCUCACGCGUCGCGCUUUCAGCAACAUCGUCGAGCACGCCGUCGUCCACGUACAAUAUCAGCACCAGCUUGCUCUAGUAUCAUUCAGAUUGUAUUUAUAACCGGCAACCACCCGCGUUCAUAUCCCCCGCUCUCCUUGUAGUCGCUCCGGUUGUUGAUGUUCUGAACCCAUUGUCUCUCACUCACUUCGUUGUUGACCACGCACUCGUCAACCCACUUAUCACGCUCACGUCUCUUCCCCAUCUGCCCAACCUGGCGUCUUCUAUUCCCACCCGCCGUCCUGCUGCUUUCCUGCCCUCGUUGGCAUCGACUGCUGCCGACGAAGAGUACAUUAACCGCUCUCUUUUGGACAGCCUCAACGACCAGGCAGACGCAGAACCUAUGGUUGCGUCUGACUCUGAGGCUCCAGCCUCUUCCGGUAACAUGUUGGGAUCUUCUAUCCCGGCUGCCAACGGUCCCUCCGUCCCCUAUCACAUCUCUGUCCAGCAGGGACAGCAACACCAGCAGCCCUCUCGUCCCGAUUCCCCUGGAACGAAUAACGUUUUGCCGAGUUACCUGGCAUCUCCUCCCAUGAACGCAGAUCCAUAUGCACAGAGCCACGCCUCAUCCCAACAACUGUACAACAGCAUGAACAACAUUCAACAUCUUCCGCCUGACUUCUCAUCUGUACCUUCUUCCGAGCACGAUGCUCUUAAUUCGCAGACUACCCUCAAUGGAUUUUCUUCAGGGCCCUUCCGAACUGGUCUCCAGUUCACUCCAUUUAAUUCUCGGGCGCGGCAGAACACUGCUCCCACCCGCGAUACCUCUAGCAGCUUUCCUGCGACUUCAUACCCCUCUCAGGACAUCUUCGUCCCCGGCACUGUUACCCAAACGCAGAACGCGGCGUCUGCCCCUUUUGAGCCGAUUCAUCACCCUGGUCGAUACGAGUACGGUCUUAGCGCCUCGCAAUCGGUUCCAUCUUUGCUGCAAAACGGUCAAACAAAGCAAGCAGGUUUUAGCGCCAUGGAUGCUUAUCGCCUGGGAUUGGAACCUUCACCCGCGCAGUCGUUCAAGGCUCCUCCUGGCAUCAUACGAGAUGCUCAGUCCACUCUGCAACAGCCUGGUGCUCAGCAGGCUUUCCAGCCGUCUCAUGUCAAUAAUAUCUCGCACCCGCUUUCACAUCAAAGUGCAUUGCAACAGCAAGGUCCGUUUGGCCAUGCGUCCGCAGGUGGCAGUGGUCCGGUCGGGGCACAGGGUUCCUCGGUCCUCGGGGCUGGGAAUGCCAUGCCAGGUUCGCAAUCACAGCCUCAGGAGGAGAUAUCUACUAUCUUUGUCGUCGGCUUCCCAGACGACAUGACGGUGCGUGCUUCUUUACCUGCUUUAUUCCGAAUGGCGCUCACGAGACCGUUUGUCAGGAACGAGAAUUCCAGAACAUGUUCACAUUCUCAUCAGGGUUCGAAGCGGCGACACUCAAGAUUCCCAAUCGCGAGUUGACGUCGUACGGGUCUAUGGGCAGCGGAUCCAACGGUCGUGUCGGUAGCAUGCCUCACCAUUACGGAGGAUCGAACGAUCCGUACAACCUUGUUACCGUUAACCAGGGCGGUGUUGUUGUUGACACUCGUGACGGCACCACUUCCUCUUGGCCAUCCGCGCCGGUCCAGUUCGGCGAUGAGGGGCAUCUUGUGCAGACGAUGCAGCCACCGCGUAAACAGAUCAUCGGCUUCGCCAAGUUCCGCACACGUCAAGAAGCUCUGGAAGCGCGUGACGUUUUGCAAGGUCGUCGGGUCGACCUCGAGAAAGGCUCAGUGCUGAAGGCAGAGAUGGCAAAAAAGAACUUGCAUACGAAGCGCGGUCCCGGAGCUUCGUCGGGUGGUGGCGGCGGUAACAAUAGUGCUGUCGCUGGAGUUGGUUCUCUGCUCAACGGCGCCGCCGCCAUGCAGCAAACGGAGGCAUUGAACAAUACGUUGAACGGGUUGCAAGGACUUGGUGCUAGUGGUGCUAAUGGCGAGAUCUUUUUGCAACGGGAGAAGGAGCUUGGUACCCUUGGGGUUAUGGGCUUGGCUGGGCUUGGACAACGCCGAGGCACCGUUGACGAUCGUACGGAUCUAGGUCCUAUCGGUGGACUGCCGAGCUUUGGGCCGCGCGGUGCUCGUGAGCGGGCCGAAGAAGAUGAACGCGAACGCGAGCGAAAGCGCAAAGAGAAGGAAGCUCAAAGGCUCCGUCAGAACUCGUACGCGUUCGAGGCAUUCCACUCUGUCCCUUCGCAAAUGGUCCGCCAAGGUGCAAACUCGUUGCUGAGUGCCGAGAGUGGCGUUCCGAGUGGUCCUACACACAGUCUAUCUACGCAAUCAUCGAUGCAAAGCCUCACUUCACAAGACGGAGUAUCCGCAUUCGUGGGUCCGUGGGGCUCCCUUCGUGACGUCAGCGCUAGCGCUGCACUCAGAAAGAUGACGAUCUCGUCGCAUACACCUCAACGUCCUCCCUCUGCUGAUCAGCAAGAGUCGCCAACUCAUCAGGAUGGUACUGGCAGCCCGCCGUCAGGCCCAGCUUCCGCGUCUGGUAGCACGAAUCCGAGCGCGCCCUUCUCGCCAGACUCGACCUCGUCGUCUCUCCCGGGACCUGCUACGUCGUUCCAGCCGUUUGGUCCUCACCCUGGCUCCCCAGGCAGUGAAAAUCUAGCGCUCGGCGCGAGCUCAUCGCUACCGAACUCGAGUGCAUCAAGCGUCAGCAGCAUGCCGCAGCUUAACGAGGAAGAGCUUGCACGAUCGCUGGGCGCACUAGCGGUGAGCACGCAGUCGCAGCAGCAAGGCACGAUCUCUCCUCAACUGCCUUCCCCGUCGUCCGGUACGAGCUCGAGCACAGGCCGAAACCCUGGUGACCAAAAUCCGCCGGUAUGUCGCCGUCUUGUCAUACCUCUCUAUAGCUCACAAUGCACACUUAAGAUCAACACCCUGUACGUGGGCAACCUUCCCGCGACUACUUCGCCUGGCGCUUCCUCCGCGAAGUUGGAAGAACGUCUGCGGGAGCUGUUCCAGAAGCAAUCUGGUUACCGUCAACUUUGCUUCCGUCACAAGAGUAAUGGCCCUAUGUGCUUCGUGGAGGUACGUAAUUACCCUUACCUUUCUAUGGGUCGACGUUAACACGCAUGCUGUAGUUUGAGGACGUGACCUAUGCUACGAAGGCGCUCAACGUCCUCAACGGCGACAACCUUGGAGGCCUCAUCAAGGGCGGAGGCAUCCGGCUGUCGUACAGCAAGAACCCCCUUGGUGUUCGCACACCAACGAGCGGCAACGGUACUUCCGGCCUGCAGCAGCACCAGAAUCAACAAGCGCUCAGUCUCGGCCAGCCUUUCUUCGGAGACUUUGAGAGCUUCCGCUCUAGUCGCCGCAGCGACACCACAGGUUCCGGUAUGACCUCUCCCACAUCGUCGUACUACUAUACGAUGUCCUCGCCACCGCCUCGCUUCUCGACGAUGUCUCCUCCGUCGAGCACUUUUGGCUCACCUCACUCGAACCCCGUCAUGUUCCCUAGAGUCACAGGACAAGGGUAUGGUCUGUCUCAAGGGCCCUCCACAUUCUCUCCUUUCGGUAUUACACCCUCGAUACCCGAUCAGCCUAGCGCUGACUCCAGCAAUGAUCAUCUGGCCAACAGCUUGUCGCCGACUCAAACCAACCUAGAAGCGAGCCGCGCAAGCUGAACACCCACCACAUCAAGCUCGACAUUCAUCCGCACGCAAUCCUCGCAUGUAACAUAACAUAUAAGCACACGUCGAAGCGCAUAUUUACCCGAUCCAUGUUUCUGCUGGACAAUUGGUCUCUCCCAUCCUCUUUGGUCUUCUCCCUUUCGACAGCUCUGCGUACGACAUUGUCCUCUUAUUCAUCGACUUCAUAUAGGUACCUUACGUUGUAACCUAAACCGACUGCUUCAUAUGAUCAAAUAUUUACUCUUCGCUGCAACCCAAUUUCGUCGUCAUCGUCCCAUCCCCAUCCCCAUUCCAUCACCACUUGCUCAUUCAUCCACAUACGUUGUCCGUGCAGUGUCUCUAGUACCGUUUUUCGCUUACUCUUAUGUUUCCUUUAUAGCAUCUUUAUUCUUCUCCGCCUUUCGGUCGCAUUGUUCUUGCAAAUUGAUCUGCUGUUUGGCUAGUAUCAUUCCCUCGAAUUAGGGAACAUUGCGCUGGUCUAGUACCCGUACAUCCCUCACAUGUAUCAAAAGCGUAUAAUUCUGCACGUCCCAUGUUUUACUGCCGCUAUAUACCCUUGGUUCAAUGACACCCCGAUGCCUGGCUUAAUCCUGUGUCGUGUUUGCGC